AUGGAAGAUUCUCAAGGUUGUAAAGAGUCUUAUGAAUCAAAUCCUGGUUUUCACACACCGGAUCCCAAGAAGGCCAAAACAGAUUCUACGUUUAACGUAUCAUUCGACGAAUACACUACUGCCGUUAACGCCGUCAAUUCUAUUCAAAACGAUAAAGAAUCUGCCCACACAAACCCACUCUGGUGGGGUGUUCUAGACUUUCGUGAGGAGGACGUGUCUCCGAGUCCAAGCCUUCCCCGUGCAAAGAAUUUUCUCUCAGCUAAUGAAAUUGAUCAUUUGAUGAAUAUUACACAAAAUGCUAUUCAAGAAGAGAAUGAAAAGAUAAGUAAAUCAGCUAAAUCACUUUUAGAAGCAUUGCUAUUAUCGGAAAUCGUUAGCCUCCAACUUCUCGCAAAGGAAUGUGGUGCACGUGGAGUAGUCGGUGUACUUGAUCUUCUACAAAGAUCUGCUGAUAAAAUGCAGGAUGUUGAUGAUAAAAAAAUAAUUCAAGAUCAUCUCGCAAAUGUAGAUGCUGAUGAUGACACUACAAUAUAUGUCGGGAGAUGCAUUGAGGACACUUACGAAUGGUCAGUCGUUUUCAUGGACAAUGUCAAUCUGAACGAACCGUCGACAUGUUCCUUGUUGGGCCUUGUGCAAAAACCCCGCAAACUAUAUUCACAUAUGGCGAAAACCACUCAGACGCUGACCGCGAGGAUAAAGCGGGUCGCUCCGGGACUAGUCGUGUUGGCAAAUCAUGCGAUUUUUUAUAUUGGCUCGUCUCGAGAAGCUGGCAAUGGUGAGAAUAGCGGGCCAACCUACAAGGAUAACCAUGACAAGGCGAAGACAAACUUCGUUGAUACGAUCAAAGUUUCCAGAGCACAGCAUAUCAAACUUGAGCUUCAAAUUAUCGAACAGAGCGGGAAAAAUCCUCUGCCGGAGAGUCUACAAAAAGCAAUGACGUCAAUAUUGAUACCAUUUUUUCAUAUAGUCGGAAUGAGAAUUUGGUUCUAUCUUCUUUUCCAAAUCAGCGGAGAUCUGUACGGAGUUUGGGAUUGGACCUCGGAGUACUCACCAACGAAAGAUACAGAUGUGGGAGAAAAUCUUGUAGAACGUGUGGGACGUAUGUCAAACAUUCUUGCUAAAAGGUCUAAAACCUUUAAAGGCAAAAAAACCAGUGAGUCUUCCAAACCAACUGUAGGACUAAAUAAAUUCAGAACCCCCGUAAAGAAAGCAAAGACGGCGGAGUAA